ACUAAACACGGUUGUGAUGCGUUGGAAGGUGUGACUGAAAUGGCAGAUUUGUCGCUGUAUUUAACUAACGUUAACGUUUAUUUGGGACAAGCUAUGGAAUCUGAAAAGAGUGCAGGGGAUGCGGCCGAAUUUGAAACCGUGGAAAUAGCGGAGACCCCGGGAAAGCAGGGAAAAGUGAAGAUUCCUCGCAGGACCAUCCACUUUGCCAAUGGUGAAACCAUGGAGGAGUACAGCACUGAUGAAGAAGAGGAGGAGGACCCUGUGAAGAAAGAUGUCCUUCCAGUUGAUCCGUCCAAACUGACCUGGGGUCCUUACUUCUGGUUCCACAUGUGGAGAAUGGCUACCUCCACUAUCUCAGUGUGUGACUACAUGGGAGAGAAACUGGCCUCUCUAUUUGGCAUCACCACCCCUAAAUACCAGUAUGCAAUCGAUGAGUACUAUCGCAUUAAGAAAGAGGAGGAGGAGGAAGAGGAGGAGAACCGUCUGGCUGAAGAGGCAGAGCACCAGUUCGCGGCACAGCGAAGAGGCGAGCAGGAUAAUCCCACAGCUACUUAUCCUGCCACAGUAGAGCAGCCAGAAACAUCUACUGCCUCCUUUGUAAACAUUAGCUUUGAGCUGGAUCCUGAGCCUUCCCUUAGGAAUUCAGACACCAACAGAGUCCCUUCUCCUCUCCCCUCCUGAAAACUGACACUCCCUGACAAACCAACUAUUCACUCAUAAUAGAUUGGAAAAACCCAGUUUAUUUGGCUGUAUGUUCUAUUUUUUUUAUGUUUUUUAUGUUAUACAAGAAUAUUUUAGUUAAUACACAGUGAAGGAAAAUUUAAAAAGCUGUUGAACUGAGUGCAGAAACAAUACCUGUGAAUGUAGAUUUGUGUAGUAUACUAUAUGAUCUAUGCAAGUCUUAGCUGUAGUUUAACUGUACGUCGUACUUGGCCUGGGCUCGACUCACUUUUAGGUCUUAGUACUAUCACCAUUAGAGCGUUACCCAUAAUUCUUCAGCACCAGGAAGUUGGUGACAGGCUGUUUGAGCUCUGUGGGUUGCAGGGAUAGGGAAACUGUGUUUCUGACCUGUUCCUUGGUGCAAAUGAGGACUAAAUACUGAGCAUUGGCCCUGAAACAUUUUUAAGUUUAGUAGAUUGUUUAAACAUUUGGACCUCUGAAUACUGUUAGGGGAUGCAUGCCAAUACAAUGCUUUACAUGCAAAUACAAUUAGAGUGCUGCAGGGGUAAACAUAAGAGCUAGCUGAUUGAAGAGCUUUAUUUUGCAUAACAAUUCUAACAUUUUCAUGUGGCAUUCUUUAAAAAAUGUGUUUACUACCAGUGUAGACAAUAUAUGCUGUGUGGAAAAUAUUUAUUCACCCAAAAUGUUUUUAUUCAUAUUUGAUUACAUGAAAGUCCAUGUAAAGUUACUUGAUUCUGUAGGGAAUCACAUUUGUUAGCCAACUUCCUAGUUCUGGUUCUACAGAACCACUUGCUUAGUGUACUAAUAGACUUAUGUGAAUAGCUUUGUUGAGGCUGCAGCUGACCAAUAGGAGGUGCGGCAGGCGGAAAGGCCAAGCAAGAGCAACAUCACCUGUACGACACUCUGAAUUUGAAUUCUAAUCUUGCCACAAAAAAUUCAUUACUGUUAAAAUUGAGUGAGGAUCAUCAUUAAUAAGAAAUACCCAUACGCCGUGCUCAGCCUUAAAGUGUCCUUGCUUAAGCCAUCUUAAGAUUAAUUAUUAGAAUUCAUAGAUAUGGCUCUGUGGUGGUGCCAGUACAGUUAACCUUCAAUAAAUAUCUUUUAUUAGUAUGAAACAAAGGCUAUCUUGCUCUAGCUAAAGGACGGCCAAUAUAUGCAAUAUAUUAUUUUAACUCUUGAAUCUUUGUAUACAUGCUUAUUUUCUCUUAAUAAAUUUUUCAAGUUCA